ACGCCAUAUUGGUUUCUAAAAUUCGUCCAAUAAAUGGAGUAAUUAUUUAUAUGUGUUGGCUAUGAUAAGCAUUAAGUUAUAUAAAUAUUUUCAAAAUUAUUGAAUUAGAUUAAUUAUUUUUCCAGUUGCCUUAGAUAGCCGGUGAUAUUAGUAAUAAUUAUUAUUUUGGUUUAAAAAUUUUUUUAAAUUAUUUUUAAAAAAUAAAGUUAUUUUUAAAGUUGAAUAUAAUUACAUGUAUUGUGUAGAGUAAUCAAAGAAACAACAUAUAAAAUGUAUUUGUAUAAAUCAAAUUUGAUUUGUCGCGCUUAAGUAGUUAUCAUCUAUGCAAACAGUGACUUCUGAACGAAUUUGAACAUCAAUCAAUAUGAUGUUCUAGUAAUCUGUCAAAUAUACUUAACAUUAUUAAUUUUACGUAUAAUUAAGUUUUAAAUCAGUAGAUUAUAAACUUAAAAUUAACUUUUUUAAAUAUUGUUCAUCAAAAACUUUUAAAAGAAAAAUAUUAACAAAAAAUCAUCAUGUCAAAGGAAAAUAUUAAUUUACCAAGAGCUCCAAAAGAUUUAUGUUUUUCUGAAAUUGAUUUUAUUCAGCAAAAUUUUAAUGUGGAUGCUUUUCUUCAAGAACAUAAAAAAAAUACAAAAUUAGAAACAAUGCGAGAUGAUCUUGGAAUAUAUUUAAAAUUAUUGAGAUCUGCUAUGAUUGAUUUAAUUAAUAAAGAUUAUAUAGAUUUUGUAAAUUUAUCAAGUAAUAUGAUUGGUUUAGAUAAAGCUAUUAAUGAUUUACAAACACCUUUGGGUCAACUAAGAGAAGAAGUAAUGCAAGUACAGCAGAUUUUAGAUGAUGAAGUUGUGACAAUUACUCAUAACAUAAAUGAAAAUAAGAAAGUUCGAGAUUAUAAACAAAGUAUAUUCAGUUUACAAUAUAUCUAUAAAUCUUUAAAUAAACUUACAUCUAUUUUAUGUUUAAAUACAUUCCUUGAAAAUCCUGUUAAAAUAGACAUCUUAGAACAAGCUGCAGCAGAAUUUAAUCAAUUGCAAUUUCAUAUGUCUAGAUGCAAACUAAAUAUUACUAACGAAAAACAAAAAGAAAGUGAAAAACUAGAACAAUCUUAUAUGACACAUCUCAAUGAAUUUUUUUUAGCAUGUAUACAAGAACAAAAUUCUAUCUUAUUAAUUCGUUGUUUAGGAAUUUAUGUCACACUUGAUAAAAUAUGUGAUGCAGAGAAUUUAGUGAGAAAAGAGAUUAUUAGUCCAUUGAUAUAUAGCAUAAUUAAUAUAGAAAAUUUGCAAACUGAUUUAUUAGGUCUACAAAAUAUAUAUAGUAAGUUGUUGACCAUCUUAAAUGUAGAGCUUAAACAAUUAUUAGAUAUCACAUUACAUCCAAAUAGACUUUCUGUAAAAGGUUUCAAUUUUUUAGUAAAUAGUUUUUGGAUUGAUGUAGAAGAAAAAAUCGAACAUUAUAUAAAAUGCAUCUUUGCUCCUGGAGAUCCAAUAUUAUUCCAUUCAAGAUAUGUAGCAACUUUGGAAUUUUUAGAAAAGUUAGACACUGAAUGCGUUACAUCUGAAUGUUUAAUUGCAUUAAAAAAUAAUUCACAAUACAAAAAUUUUUUAAAAAAGUGGAAUUUACCAGUAUAUUUUCAAAUUAGAUUUCAAGAAAUAGCUAAUGGAAUUGAGACAAUUUUAAUUGAACCAAUAUCACCAACAUCUAUAAAAGGAACAUUGGAAUCUCUUGCAUUGCAAAAUGAAUUUUCUCUUUAUACAACUUACAUUAUAUGGGAAAAUCUACAAAAAAUUUGGGAUAAUAAUAUAUAUCUGUAUCAACUCUUUCAUAAAUUUUGGAAAUUCAGUCUUCAAAUAUGUGCUAGAUACCAAACAUGGAUCCAAACAGUACUUAAAGAGGUAUGGCCAAUAGAAAAUGAAAUUAACAAUUCAAACAAAAUAGAACAUUCUACAAAACUUAAUUUCUUAAUCUGUUUAUAUAAGGAUGCAGAAAAAUUUAUAAAUAUACUUCCAUCUCUUUUGGAAAUAGCUCGAAUAAAACUUAAAGAAGAAACUCCAACAGUAUUGAAAUUGUUAAAAGAUUCUCUUGAUGAAACAAUAAAAAAUUUAAAAAAGAUUUGGCCAGAUAUUACAAAAGAAAUUGUAAAUGAAUUAUUGAAACAAUGUGUAGUACAUUUGAAAGAAGUUAAUGAUAUUCCAAGAUUAUUUAGACGGACAAAAAGGGACAUACCAACUAAAUCAUGUGCCUAUAUUAAAAAUACUCUUGCAUUUCUUAUCAAUUUUCAUGCAGAUUACAAAAAAAUAAUACCAGAUGAUGUAAAUUAUUGGUUACAAUUGACUCUUUCCUCAUUAACUGAACAUUAUCUAAUUUCUGUAAAAGAUGUGCUUACUUCAGUACAAAAAACUGAGGAAAGUAUAAGAAAAUUGAAAAAAAUACGUACAUACCUAAAUAAAUCUUUAGGUCCUUAUUCACCUGACGUUCAAGGAAUCAGUGAUGAUGAAAAAAUACGAAUUCAAUUAAAAAUUGAUGUACAAACUUAUGUUAACAUGAUUACAGAGAUGCAGAUUUCAACUUCAAAUGUACUUUAUAUGAAAGAGUUAUUAUACACUGUUGAAACAGCAAUAAAAAAAUAAAUAAAUCGUAUUUAUGAUCUAAUUACUUGAUUAUAAAAUAUUAAAUUCUUAUAAUAAAUUCUGAUCCCAAGAAUCACUUUGUGGCAAUUCAAUGGAAAUUAUUGAAUCUUGAUGAGGAUAAGUUGGAUGCCACC